AUGAGCGCCCCGCUGGUACCGAAUGUCGAUCCCGGUGAACGCGGUGACGUCCGAGGUUGGUGGUUCUCGAAAGAGGAUAAUCAGUUCAGCUCUCGUGACGUCUGCUCAAUAGCUACAGGAUUCGAACAAUCGGUUGGUGGAUUGUUGAUUUUUGUGCGUUUCUCUUUUUUCCCUUAUUUUCCUUUUCCUUGUUGUCAGCUAGCCUGUAAAUAA